UCUCAACCUUGUGCUUGAAGCAGGCAAUGACACGGCGGGGCGCCUUGAUAGUUUUUGAAGGGCUUGACCGAAGUGGAAAAUCAACUCAGGCCAGGCGACUAGUUGAUACAAUUAACACAUCGGGAAGAAGCGCUAUACUACUUCCCUUUCCUGACCGAAAAGAGCCAUUUGGCCAAGUCAUCGACCGAUAUUUGCGGAAGGAGAUUGAUCUCUGCGAACACGCUCUUCAUCUAGCUUUUUCGGCAAAUAGAUGGGAAAAGGCCGCUUUGAUAGAGGAGAAAAUUGCUGCUGGUGUUGAUGUGAUUUGUGACCGGUACUGUUUCAGCGGAGUCGCCUACUCCAUAGCUAAAGACUAUUCAGGAAUGGAUUCGCACUGGGUGCGUCAAGCUGACAUUGGCCUUCCGAAGCCUGAUGUGGUGCUCUUUUUCGAAGUCUCGCCCGAGGUGGUCAAACAACGAGGCGGAUAUGGGCAAGAGCGUCUUGAGAGCGACCAGUUGCAAAGAAAAGUUCACUUGGCCAUGAAAGAAUUGCAAAAAAGCUACUGGCAGACUGUGAAUGCUGAUGGUGAUAUGGAAUCGGUACAGGCUAUAGUAAACGAUAUCUACUCGAAGAUCUCAAGGGAUCAGCCUCUUGGAGUAAUUGACUCCAUCUAAUAUGAUUUCUUCGUAUCUCGUGAAAGCUAAACCCCUUGUUUGUAUAUAGGUCAUUUGAUUGUUAAUUUGUUUGCUAAUCAACUAACAAAAGGUCUCCUCAAUCUCUAUGUCCCCUGCUGCCUACCUCUUCGCUUUCUUGCCCACAUAUAGCCUUGGCUGCGAGCGAUGCUUAACCCCAAUGCCAUCGCUUCCGUUCGUUCAAGGAGCAUUGUCUUGGUCCGGAACCAAUUAACGACAACAGGUGCCCCUCCCCAAUUCGCAGGCCCUCAAUCAGUUGGUUGUGCAGGUAGAUUCGAAUUGAUGAAUCUUGCCAUAUGUUGUGUAUGUGCUGUAGUGGCUUCUGCUUACAAGGUCACUGCAGGCUAAUCGUCGAAAGGUAAAAAGCGGACAUGAUAAUUUGUUGACAUAAUGGGUUCCAUUGUGGAAUUUGUACUGCUGUUAUAUUAAUUACGGUGUUGGAAUUGAAAUGCAUAAAGAGUUUUCUUGGUGGUUAGCAGUGUGA